AUGAGGGCUCCUCAGUUCAGAUUAUAUUCGGAUGAUAUUGUUAUGUAUAAAAACGAUGUUAUGGCUUUUACAACCUACAAUAUAAGGUCCUCGAUCACCCUCUGUCCAUGUAUCUUCAGUUAUACCAGACGUAAAGACAUCCUUGGGGCGAAAACUAUUACAGCAAAUACCAAUAUAGCGGUGGCCGUAUCUUCACUAUCUAUAUUCCUUCACGAACUGAUGUACAUAGUCUCUGAGGGUACUUAUGGGCCAGUUUUGACGGGGAAGUUAGCACAGUUCGAGGGGACAAAAUCCGCUACCAACGCCAAUAGCUAUGUCUGGUUCGCGGUAGCGAUGUAUCUUAACAGCAACGAUUGGUCUCGAGUUAUUAUAAAUAGGAAAAGGGUCUCAGGACCUGCUACUAGACGCUCUGCUCUGGUUACCGAUAGUAAUGGGGGCAAGGCUGGGAAUAAAACGAUCGAUACAAAUAGGAUGGAGAUGGGCGAGGAUGAAAAUUCCGAUUUCCCGUGA